AUGAAUACAGUGAAUGAACAAUGUACACAGUUUCCUGAUUUGAUGGCACUUCAUAAUCAGUAUACACAGUUUCCAGAUUCCUAUACACUGCACAAUCAAUACACACAAUUUCCUGAUCCAUUUAUUGGUGAUUACUUUUUUCAAUCAAUGCUUAAAAAAAUAUCGGCUAUGGGAUUUAAUAUACAAGAUAAAAAUGGAAAUAUUUAUAUUGGUUCAGUGUUUCCUGGGUCUCCAGCUGAACGUGCAGGGAACAUUUUUGCAGGUGAUAAAAUAAAGUCGUUAAAUAUUUCAUUUGAAGGAAUGCUGCUUGAAGAUGCUACAGCAAUUUUGGGACAUGCUUCACCAUAUAAAGUUAAGUUAGAACUUGAAAGACAUAUACCCGAACAGCCGACAACCACAGCUGUUGAUACAAAUACUUCAGAAGUAUCAACUGAAAGCGAGGACAAUGAAGGAUCUGUUAAUAGUGAUGUUGCUCGUAGUUUGUGCAAUGAGGCUUCUGAUUCUACGCUUCCGGCAUCAUCAAUCAGCACUGCUGUUGAACAGGAAGUUAAUAGCCCUUCUAAACUUGUAAAUUCAACCGAAUCAUUAAGCACAAAACCAUGCUAUACAAGUACCAGCGAGACAGUUACUGAUGAUCAGAAGACAACUGAUGAAGAACGUGUAACCGUAGCUCCAGCUACAUCUACAACGCCAGAAGAAACGCUAGAAUCAUUGGCGUCUAUAUCAACAGCACCAGCACUGCCGAUAGCAAUAUCUCCAGUAACGGUACCUACAACAAGUUCACCAAAGGUUAAUCGAUCUGAAAAUUCGCCGACACUAAGCGGUUCACCAAAAUCUACAGCUAGAGUACAAUCAUCAGAAAUUUCGUCAGCUAACAGUUCACCUAAUGCUGCACCGCGAUCUGCGAUACCACGCCGUCCACAACCUUCACGAAUACCGAAGUUGAGUCCGGAGGCUCCGGUUGUUGUUAAAGAGGUCAAAUGCAAUGGCAUUUCUGAGUUUAUUGAAGUGUCUAAAUAUAAUUAUAAUGAAACCAGUGUUUCCAAGAAACGAAACGGUAAUGCAGCUGAAUACUGUGAAUGUAUUGAACCGAAGCGGAAAUCGGUAGUUGUGGAAAUUAAUGAAGAUGAAGCAACACUCGGUGACAAUAAUAAUCAGCAACAGCAGCAACAACAACAAGAACAGGCUAACAGUAGCCGUGUAGAAAAGUUCGAGUUUCUCAGUUGUUAUAGGGAUACUGAUGAAGAAGUAACAAUUAGUGUUCCUCGAUCAGAACAACAUUUUCCUGAAUAG